AAACAAAAUCAAUAGCAUUGUUCGUUUUGUGAAAAACAAGGUUCGCAUGAAUAGCUCUUGCCGCGAAGUUUAGUAUAAUCUAAUUUUAGAGUUAAAAAUCAGAAUUUUAAAAAUAAAAAGUGAAAGUCGGGAUUUUUUUUUAGAGAAAAUGACUGCUCAAACUAUUCUUUUCGAUUUUACUGUGGAUUCAGAAAAAACUUCAGAUUCUAAACAGCGCCAAGAAAUCAUCAAAGUAGUCCGGGGCGAGGUGGAAAAUAUAUUUCCACAAAUCGAAUUGGCCUAUCAAAUGUCUAUGGAGGAUGGAUUUUUUUGUGUACUAACAGAAAAUAAGGAGACUAUGAUUACUUUACGCAUUUUUCAGCAGGGUCUUGUAACUAUGAACAUUGAGUAUUACCUGGAAGAUGGAAAAGAACCACUGAUGUCGUUUGAUACAAUGCGCACAAUGGAACUAAUUUUACGGCAAAAAUUACAUUCCGAUCGUUCCAAGUAUUUACCGCCGAUAAAACGUGGUGGAUAUAUUGACAUAUACAUGACUAGUUCAGACGAACGAAUUAUUGAAUAUGACAUUGAUGCAAUGGUAUAUGAGGAGCGUUCACCUUUUCAAAAAAUUCAAAUAUUACACUCGAAAACCCUUGGGAAUAUGUUGAUUUUGGAUGAACUACAAAAUAUUGCUGAGUCUGAUUUAAUCUAUACGGAGACUCUGAUGGGUCGUGGUGUUGAAAAUUAUGAAGGAAAAGAGAUAUGUAUACUUGGUGGAGGAGACGGUGCACUACUCUACGAAUUACUUAAAGAGAGCCCCAAAUUCGUUGUGAUGCUUGAAAUCGAUGAUUUGGUGAUGCAAGCCUGUAAUAAGUACCUAAAUACGAUUUGUGGCGAAGUACUUGAGAAGCGUAGGGGAGAUAACUACGAAAUAGUCGUUGGAGAUUGUGUGGAGUAUAUGAAAAAGUUCAUAUCGGAAGGACGAAAAUUCGACUAUAUUUUUGGAGAUCUCACUGAUAUUCCAAUAUCUGGCGCACCGGUUGGGGAAAUUUGGGAUUUCAUUCGCACGAUUCUCGAACAUUCAUUUAAACUAUUAAAACCAGAUGGAAAAUAUCUAACGCAUGGCAACGGUACAGCUUGCACAGAAUCUUUGGAGUUGUUUGAAGAUCAAUUACGAUUGCUUCGGCCAAAAGUCAAAUUUACUACAUCUAAGGCAUUUGUGCCUUCUUUUAUGGAAGAAUGGCUAUUUUAUCAAGUAUCUUUGGCUUGACCGACUCAAGCAUUAUAUAAUUCAAAUGACAAGUUAUACAGUAGAAUGCAACGGCUACAUUGUUACACACAAUUUCAAGCAACCUUCAUAAAUUGUAUGCUGCAAAUUCUCAACGAGGCUUUUUUGAUGCUUAGUAUGAUGGGUAUUAUGAAUGGAAAAUUAUAUACUUCGAUUUCACUAAAAAUAGCGUCGUUUCCUUUGACAUAUCUUCACCACUCACUGGUUUCUUAGUGUGACGGAGAGGCUAUAUAUCUCAUAGAAACGACUUUAAAAUAUCUGGUCAUACUAUACCAGAAAAAACUUGACAGCUAUAAAUCGUACCAAAUAUGGGUUGCCAAUUUAUUUAUUUCUAGUGAUAAUUAUACUUAUUUACUAGUCGUGUUCUGAGCAACGUUCAUUAGAUGCUUCCUUAUAUUCAUUAAGAUUACGUUUAUGUAUUUGAAUUACUGUUGGGUCAUUCCACGGUGACGGGUGUGACAUUUCAGCUUACAUUUUAAGAUUUAAAACGAUUAUUUUACGUUAGAUAUCAGCAGUAGGAAUAACGCAUUGGAUAAACAUUUUCAACAUUUACAGGGAAUUUUCUUACCUGUAUUUGUAAAUAUAGCUGAUAUGUUCCAAAUUCAACUAUGACAUGUAACGUGACAUGACUUCCUGACGGGCGUGACAAGUGGAGUAUGAAUAAAAAAGUAAAAAUUAUUAUACAAUAUUAUUGAACUAAAUUUAUUAAAAAAAUCGGAUUUUACAACUACACAAAAGAUUAUGUCACCUAAGGACGGGAUAACCUCUGCUCGUACUGUUCAUCUCCACUGUCUUAGUAGUCGUGGUUGUUCCCUAUGACCUGUUACUGUAUGAGACCAUGUUUCUACCGUAAAAAUUGAAAUGGUUUUUUGUAUUAUCAAAGUUUCAGAUUAGCAGAUAAGUAUUUGAGAGCAGUCCAAAGCUGGCACUCCACUGCUGCUCCUAACUUCGUGCUUGUCCCUUUGUUUAUUUUCCAAAAAUAUUUUGCAUUUUUCGGGUCACUUAAAUUUUUCUCUACUCUUUAUCUUUCUUGCAGUACAGCCUGUCCAAAAGAAACGAACUUCAAAAACUUUGUAACAACCCUAAUUGAAAAAGAAAAUUACAAAAAUAAUUACUUCAUUUGAAUUAUGAGGAGAGUGACAUUUUAUUUUGAAAAAGAAAAGUAUUUAAAUACUUAAACCUUUACCUAAUACUUUGUAAAUGGUAUAACCUAAGGUAAACAAAUAUCUGAUUGUAGGACAAAUUACGAAGUUUUGGUUUUCUGUCUUGAAAGUUGGUUUUAUAUACUCUUAUCUAUAGAAAUAAUACCCUUAAAUUCGUAAGUUUAUUUUCAUUUCGUUCAGCAUAGAUUACCGUGGAAUGAGCCUUUUAUACUUUAAGUCCAGUUAAAGUCAUUAAUAUGUAUGUAAUUUAAAGCGAAGCUAUGUUGAUGAAUCUAGUUAUUUAUGUGAAUAUAUAUGGAUUGUACCAAAAAAGAAAACAUGCAAAUCCAGGAAUAUAAAUCGAAGAUGUGUACUUAACAUAUACCUUUAAGUAUUAAAUUGCUUAAAAUUCAAUAAAAUCGUAAAAAGUCGUCUGCAGAAACAGAAGUUUUAACUUACAAA